AUGUUAUCUGCAUGUAAUGAUCUCACAGAAGACUCUUCGAGAUUUUUAUCGAAAUUAGGGUCUAUAGCUGCAAUCUAUCUAUCUAUCUAUCUAUCUAUCUAUCUAUCAUAUAUUCUAUCUAUCUAUCUAUCUAUCUAUCUAUCUAUCUAUCUAUCUAUCAGUUUAUUCAUAUCUAUGUUUCUAUUAAUAAAAGUAUAUUCUAUCUAUCUAUCUAUCUAUCUAUCUAUCUAUCUAUCUAUCUAUCAGUUUAUUCAUAUCUAUGUUUCUAUUAAUAAAAUCUAUCUAUCUGUCUAUCUCCGACUAUUAAUUUUCUAUCUAUCUCAGUCUAUUCAUUAUCUAUCUAUCUAUCUAUCUAUCUAUCUAUCUAUCUAUCUAUCUAUGUACUCCCUCAUUCAUUGUCUCUUUAACGAUCUCUGGCUUAUUGAAUAUUCUAUCACAGUAUAUUCACAUAUUCUAUAUCUAUCUAUCUAUCUAUCUAUCUAUCUAUCUAUCUAUCUAUCUAUCUAUCUCGGGCAUUUCACAUCUAUCUAUCUAUCUCAGGCAUUUCACAUCUCUCUCUCUCUCUCUCUCUCUCUCUAUAUAUAUAUAUAUAUAUAUAUAUAUCCACACACACACAACUAG